CACGCCUACAAGGGAUGUUCAUCAACCGAUAAGCUUUUCCCACUCCAACUAAAAACGUUACCAAGCGCCAGUCUAGCCUUGUUCAUCCGCCCCUCCCAAGCCGGACAGCUACCUAUCUACCCACCUACCCCUACGCCUUAUCAUAUGCAGGUUCCCAUUCUCAAGAGAACCCAAUACAUCAUCACCACGAAACAUACCGAAAGAUCAACCAUUGUCAUUCAUCGAAUCCGUCCUAGAGUUUACUAUCUCGGUACUCAACAAUAAACAAGCAGUGGGAGAUCUUUCUUCGAGGUCACCUCAAGGCUAUCGAGGGGAUAUUCAGGGUACACGAUAUACGAUAUACAACAGAUACUUGACUCGAGCGAUGGCCAUGGCUAUUGCGAGUAAACGUUUAGCUAAAGAGCUUGCCAAGGUAUGUAUAUGCAUAGUCUAUAUCACAGCUUCUAGAACCACUCUUCUCACUCGCAGAUUCGAAAGCUAACCUUGUCUUUCCUCCCAUAUAGAUCAACCAAAGUCUUCCACCAGGAAUAACCCUCGUAUCCGCCGAUGAUUUUACAGAAUGGCUUCUCGAUAUCCGCGUCUUGGAUGCGAAUCCUCUCUACCAAGAUCAGACGUACCGGUUAAAGUUUAAAUUCACACCCAAUUAUCCCAUCGGUAUGUCUUUUUUCUUCUUCUUUGCCACCUUCCCCUCAACUCUUUAAACCUCAACCCAACUAACACUCUUCCUCCCACAGAACCCCCCGAAGUAACCUUCCUCCCCCUCAGCACACCCGCUCGACCAAUCCCCAUGCACCCACACAUCUACUCCAACGGGAUAAUCUGCCUCGAUCUUCUCGGAACACAAGGCUGGUCACCCGUGCAAAACGUCGAGAGCAUAUGCAUGUCUUUACAAUCCAUGUUAACCGGUAAUACGAAGAAUGAGCGUCCCGAGGGCGAUCGCGAGUUUGUGAAGUAUAAUACGAAGCGCCCGAGGGAUAUUAAUUUUUAUUAUCAUGAUGAUGGGGUUUAGGUGGGGGUUUGAGGAGGAGGAGAGGAUGAUGUUGCAGAUGAGGAGAAUGAUUGGGAGAGGGAGGAAGGUUUCUUGAGUGUGGAGGGGGAAAGGAGGAGUAAAGUUUUUCCCAAGAGCGAUGGAAGAGGAAUGAGUGAGUUUGCGGAUGAAGUGAAGGACAUGAGGAACGAGUGAAUUUAUGGAUGAACUAGGGAACAUGAAAAAUGAAGAAAUGCAUGAAAGAAUCAAGAGUGUAUAAGCACAGAGUUUAGGAAGGGAUCUUUUGAUCUUCGGCAUUACAGCAAGGCGUUUAAGUGGUGGGGAUUUCUUUUGGCACAGAGAGAGAUCAUUUUAUAUUCUGCAAGACAAAAAUGUUGAGGUCCAUAAAUAGAA